AUGACUCUCGAUUCGACUCUACGCCCAUUUAUCGAAAAGCUUGCGGAAGCCGGGCAGAAUCAUGAUGAAGACGGCUUCAUCAACAGCUACACGCCGAAUGCCACCAUCGUCGACAUCACCGACAAGGAAAUCCACGCCGGUCAUGAUGCCCUCCGCACGCUGUUCAGGAAAUAUUGUACUUUUGGGAAAUGGACAAGCACAGCUUCAAACGAGGAAUUCUCGGGCUGCGAAGACAUCAUCCGCUACACCUGCCUGAGCACGCUCUCCAUCGUGAACGGCCCGACAAUGUCGUUCAACGUGUUGCAGUACUGGCGAAAGGUGGCGGACGGAUCGUACAAAUGCGAGGUGGAGCAGUUCACCAAUACU